AUGCUUGAAGAGCAUCGACCUAUUACUGUGGUUGUGACGUGGGCUCGGUUCAAGGAUUUAUUCUUUGAACGGUAUUUUCCAGUCACGGUUAGGAAUGUAAAGAUGAAGGAGUUUAUAAGUCUGGAGCAGGGGCAGUUGACAAUUCAACAGUACGCUGCUAGUUUUCAAGAGCUAUCCCGUUUUGCUCCAUUUAUGGUUCCGGAUGAGGUAAUGAAGGCCUGGAAAUUUCAGAGGGGCCCGAGGAAGGAGAUUCACAGGCAGACGACUAUCUGGCAGAUGCAGGACUUUGUUACUCUGGUUGACAAAGCCACUAUAGUAGAGGAGAGUCUACAGGAGGAUGUCAGGGUUCAAAACUCGAAGAAGAGACCUGCGCCUUCCAAUUCUUAUGGAGGAGCAAAGCAGGGCAACUGGAAGAAGAAGAAUAGUGGUGGUGCUUCUCAGAGUACCACGUCCACUUCUGUUUGUUUUACAUGUGGGAAACCUCAUGCAGGGCAGUGUUGGAGGGCUAUGAAGGCUUGUUUACGAUGUGGCAAGAUGGGGCAUUAG